AUGGCGUAUCUAACCAAAACUAUUCAAGGAUUAAAACAACCUCAUAAGCAUCAACAAGAAAAGGAAUUGACUAAACUAAAAAAGCAAAAGAAGUAUAAAUGGUUAAGCAAAAUUUGCGCUGCCACUCUUAAUGAAACAGUGAAAAACAGAGUAUCCGAUGCUUGA